GAUGCAAUCAUUCGCCGGAUGCGCGCAUGUGGGUGAGGUUAAAAAGGUUUGAACCGAAUCCCUGUAUAAUGUGUUAUUUCUAAAAUUAAUUUUCGUAACACUAGAUUCAGUUUUGGUAUCAUUAAAGCAAUAUUAGCUGUCAUUUUGCUGUUAAAAAUAUUUGUUGUAAAUUGUGAUUUACUAUUUCAAUGACAGAAAAAAUAAGGUAUAUGAAUUUUUGUUGUUGAUAUUUGUGUUAGAAAAUAUAUUUAGAGGCUCUGAAUCACAGGCACUUGUUUCAUACAUGAGUUCCCCCUCCUGUGGUAUUAUUAAAGAGGGGGGACUCAUGUAUGAAACAAGUACCUGUACUCUGAAUGAAGCAAAAUUACCCGUACAAAAAUAGAUUUGUAUAUAAUGCUAGAAAUUCAAUAGAGCCGAAAUCUUUAUUUUGAUAAAUCUUAAACUUGGUUUUGAUUGUGGGCCUAAUCUUGCUUUAAAGUCUUAUUCACUCUAAUACUGAGCGAAACUUCGGCCCCGCUGGGGAACAAGGCUCUAAAGAUAAUACGUACGUUAAAAAAAAAAAGAGAACAAAAAUCGGCAAAAGAAAUUUGAUUGUCAUAAAUACAAGACUCUGAUGUGCAAUUUGUACUCUAAACACUCAAUUUGUUCAAAAUGAAUUGCAUACUAUAGUAAUCAUUAUCGUAAGGUGAACAUAUCGAACAGUGAUCAAUCUCAUAACCCCUAUAAGGAAUACAAAAUUAAGAGUUGGGCAGACACAGAUCUCUGGAUAUAUCAGGGGUAGGAUCAGGUGCCCAGGAGGAGUAAGCAUCUCCUAUCGGCCAGUAAACGGAGAAAUCUGCAGUCAAAAUCAGUGACUAAAGAACGGCCGAACAAUUGUUAUGAAAUACGUCAAAUAGCUUUUGACCCAAUGACUGGUAUUCGCAAACUAGAUCGUUAUAACGAAAAGGUGAUGAUAACGAACAUUGAUGAAUCUCAUAACUCCUGUAAGGAAUACAAAAUUAAGAGUUGGAAAAACACGGUCCCCUUGGCAUACCAGAAGUGAGAUCAGGUGACUAGGAGGAGUAAACAUUCCCUGUCGACCUGUCAUACCCACCGUGAGACUUAUAUCUCGAUCGGGUAAAUGGAGUAAGCAUUUGACCCAAUGACGUUGUAAACUAGAUCGUUAUAACAAUCAUAGAAUUUGCAAAAUGCAAACUUUAAACGGGACUGUUGAAACUCUUGUAACACCAACUUGUUUGUCAGUAGCCCGCCUCGAUUUAAAAACUGAUCAUACGCAGAGCAAGCUCUUGCAUAUCGAAUCAGCUGAGAGACAUAAGCACCAUAUUGUUACACUGGAGAAGGUGCUGUUAGAGAAAAUCUUAUUCUAAUAAGAUUGCUGCCUAAUAUAUAUUGUGUAUCACUAAUAAAGAAAAACUCUUCAACAAUUCCUUCAUGGGAUUCCUCAUUUGAACGGAAAAUUUAGGGACCGUUUUUAUUUGGGGAUUUUCAUACCUAGACGGUAUGAACAAUGCAAAAUUGAUAGUGAUAGAGUUAGUCUAACAGUCAAAUGACCUAUUGGAAGCGAACAGCGGUCACCUACGUGUACAUUAAUUGCUAGAACCAGCCGAAGGCGAGUGUAAAUUUCCAGACAUGAAUUACUGCUCCGAGAUUCCAAGAACGCGUCAGUCCGAAUAUCCAACGAAGCCGAAUCUCAGCCGAGGUGACUCCUCUUGGUAAUUCACUUCUCCUGGUUUUCUUCCAGACAUGUUCUACAUUUCUUUUCUUUUUUAGAAUUGGAAGCACCAGUGCUCACCCUAGCCGUUUGUUAUGUUUGUUUGUUUGAGCUGUUGCUAGAGUUGAAAGAAGACAAUUGAUUGAUUGAAUAUUGUUUAACGUCCCUCUGGAGAAUUUUUCACCCAUAUGGAGACGUCACCAUUGCCGGUGAAGGGCUACACAAUUUAGGCCUAUGCUCGGCGCUUAUAGCCUUUGAGCAGGGAGGAACCUUUACCGUGCCACACCUGCUGUGACACGGGACCUCGGUUUUUGUGGUCUCAUCUGAAGGACCAUCCCAUUUAGUCGCCUCUUACGACAAGCAAGGGGUACUGAGGACCUAUUCUAACCCGGAUCCCCACGGGGUGAAAGAAGACGAAAAAACAAAAACAAUUAGGUGGAUUUAGUAUAUGAUGGUCUAUAUCUAGACACUGCAAUUAGGGUGUAGACUUGAACUUGAAAUAAGUUGGAAUACACGACUGAACUCUUUUAGGACGGAGAAUGGUCCUUAUGUUGACGGCAUCUAUUAGAAUCCUAAGUAAUGCGUUCAAUACAUGAUAGGCUUGUAAGCACUUCUAGUAUAAACAAGAGGAACCCAUCCAACACGUAUAUGUCACGUGACAUCUUUGGUGUUGGCAAAAUGGAAUCAGGUGUGUUAUGUAACUCAUGUGAGUUUCUAGUUAGCUCAGAUGAGCUGAAAGCUCAAGUGAGCUAUUCUGUUAUCUUUCUGUCCGCCCGUCCGUCCGUCGUACCUUUCGUCUGUCCGUGAUUCUUUAACUUAGGUAAAGAGAAUUCAAGUUUGUUGAAAUGAAGUGCCACGCCCCUUUUGAAAUAAUCGGUAAAAUUUUUGUGGAAUUCAAUCAAACUUAGCACAAAUCAUCCUUUCCGUUUGGGCUGGAUGGGGCCACAAAAGAGGAUCAAAAUUUUUAAAAGGGGAUAUAUAGGAUAAAUCUUUAAAAAAUCUUCUUCUCAAGAACAACAGGGUCAUGAAUACUGAUAUCAAUAUGCGAGUAUCUGCCAGGUAGUGCAGAUACAAGUCUGUUCAAAUCACGACCAUGGGUGGGUGGUGUAGGAUGAAGCCUGGCCAAUAGGGGAUCAAAGUUCUAUAUGGAAAUGUAGAGAAACAUCUUUGGAAAUCUACGUAAGAAUUAAACAGGGUCAUGGUUUAAACAUAUUUAAAAUAUACAUGGAUCACCCAGUAGUGUAAAUUCAAGUUUGUUCAAUUAAGGGUCCCCAGAGGUAGGGUGAUGCCAUAAUAGGAGAUUAAAGUCUGAUGUGGAAAUAUACAGGAAAUUAAUGAAAACAAAGUCUUUUCAAGAUUGGCAGGGCCACAAUAAAUCAUAUGAAAAUUAGAUUGUUCCUAAGCUCUGUGGAUUCAAGUUUUUAUUAUGUCCCUGUGAUUGAAGACUGGGGGUGGAUGGGGAGUGGGAGUAUUGUUUUUGUCCUGUCUGUCUAAAACUUAAACCUUGAUCGUAACAUUUGAGUGGUGAGAGAUAGAGAUUUCAUAUGUGUAUUCCUUGUGAUAAGACUUUCUUUUGGUACCAAAGUUUGUACCUUGACCUUUGAGUUUGAUCUACGUUUAAGAAAAUCAAACCCAGGCAGUAUCUCCUGAACUAUUUAAGGUAGUGCUUUAAUAUUUAGUUUAAACACUCAUUUAAAAACUUCAUUUGAUGCCAUGAUGUUUGACCUUGUGACCGUGACCUUGAAUUUGACCCAAAUUAAAAAAAAUAAUCUAAAGAUUUAUUUAUUUACAACUUUUGAAUAGUGAGUGAUACGUUUUUCAUAUUUCAUAUAUGCAUUCCUUGUGGCACCCCCCGUUUUUUCUUUUGGUACCAAAGAUUUUGACGUUGUAUCCUUGAUCUUGGGGUUUUGACUGACUUUUAGUUUUCUUAAACGUAGGCAAUAUCCUCUGAACUUUUAAAGGUAGGGAUUUUAUGUUGCACAUAGAUUUUCUUUGGAAAGAUCUUUCAUUUCAUGCCAUGAUUUUUUAAAAAUCUUUUGACUUUGUAUCAUGGUUAUAUCGUGACCCUAUGGGGCUAGGUUGGAACCAUAUAUAUAUGGGGUUCAAUUUUUUCCCCCAUGCAUGGGAAUAAAGAUUGCAAUAAAUCUUUCAAAAUCACAGUAGCUGAACAACAGCAGGGCCAAGAUGAUUCAUGUAAGCGGUGUGGUCCAUGGAACUCUUUUUUUUUUUUUUUUUUUUUUUUAAAGAUAUACUGUAAAGUACUAGACUAGUCAACCAAUGAAUCUACAUGUAAAUUUUCAUAUGCAAUCGCUAAAUAUUUCAUAAAAUUUAAAAAAAAAUUGAAUAAACUUUAAAAAUUUCAUAUACUUUAAAUCACUAUAUAACUAGGAAGAUCAUAAAGAAUUAUUUUUCAUAAGUUCUUUAAAUCUAUGCUAACUAUAAUUUAUGCAUGAUCACGCCACAUCCUAUUUAUCUGUAUGCCUUUACUGUUAUUAGUCAACACCAAGUAAAUACCUCAUUUUAGUUUGACCCGUUAUAGAUAAACAUAGUAGCUCGAUGCAGUUUUGCAAUCUUCUACGUUGUGGUAGCCGGUGGUGUCAGAAACAAUGAUCUACUACACUGAGAACGAAAUCAAAGAGGAAAUAGAAAAGGGAAAAAUUAUUCUUCUUCGAGAAAAUCAAGUGUACGAUGUGACGGAGUUUGCAGACAGGCACCCAGGUGGUCGAGAAUACCUGGCGAAACAAGUUGGAAAUGAUGUUACACAACAGAUGAAAAAUGAAACUCCUCAUCAACAUAGCUUAGCAGCCUAUACUAUUCUUAAGAAAUAUUGCGUGGGAAGUUUAAUGCAGAAAAAUGGAGAACUGAGACACAGAAAUGGAACAGUGAAAAGCAUAAAUGGAAAAACAAAUGGGAUCGCUAAUGGUGUUUGUCAUAGCAAUGGAGCCGUCCACUCUAAUGGUCACAGUGUACAGCAUGACAACUCCAACCCAGAUGAUCCGAUUGACUGGAAUGAGCCAAUUCUAUUCCAAGUUCCUAAGUUAGGUGACCGUUAUUUUGAAUGGGUCCAUCGGCCCACAGAUGGUCAUCUCCGGCUCAUGAAGUCGGAGGUCUGCGAGUUCUUUUCGCAGUGCCCGUGGUAUGUGGUGCCAUUAGUGUGGAUUCCGAUAGUUCUAUUGAUGUUGUAUACCUCCUACACAAACCUACAAGAGGAGCCAUGUUCCUUUGCAGUCUCUAUCACUAAAGGCAUCGAGCUGAUCUUGAAGGCGUUUGGAAAUACUGUUGAUGACUACAAUUUAAGCAUUCCAGUGUCAGCCUACCACAUGCCUUUACUAUUUGUGAUUGGCUUUUUGUUGUGGACAUUAGACGAGUAUGUGAUUCAUCGGUGGCUGUUCCAUCUAUGCCCUCCCUCCAACUUCCCGGUGAUUGUUAUACUCCACUUCCUGUUUCAUGGCCAACAUCACAAGGCUCCUAUGGAUAAGAUGAGGCUGGUGUUCCCUCCUAUCCCUGCGGCUGGUCUUGGAGUACUAGUCUACUCGGUCUAUUGUCUUUUUAUGCCGUGCACCAUGGCUUUGACGGUGUUUGCUGGAAGCAUCAGUGGCUAUAUCGUAUACGACAUGAUACAUUAUUAUUUACAUCAUGGAACACCAUAUGGAAGUUACUUCAAGUCUCUAAAGAGAUAUCAUGUUAAGCAUCACUAUCAGGACCAACAAAAAGGAUUUGGUAUAUCUUCCAAGAUGUGGGAUUACCCAUUCGGGACCUUGAUUAAGGAGUGACUACCUGCUGAGUACGCAACAACCUGCCAUAUUCCUGUUGUAACUCUGUCAUGCAUUGAAAGGCCGUCAAAUGAGUCAUAGUGCCCUCUCUAUUGUGUACCAUGUGAUUUGAUGUUUCAAUCAAUAGAAUUUCAAUUACGCUUUUACAACCCCAAAUUUUUUGAGUUAUGGAAUCCUGUCAACAAUGAUAUUUUUUUUCUCUUUUAUAUGACUUCUUUAGAAAUUGCUAAAAGAAAAAUAUGGUAUAAUACUGUUUUGUUUUUUUGUUGUUUUUUUUUUGCUUUGAAUUAUAAAUUCUGUUUUGUUAUGAGUUAAUCAUUCAAGACUGUGAAUUUCCCAUUCUUAUGUAGGUGGGUGGGCCUGGGGCUGCUGUUCUAUAAUUUAGAGAUGAAGACCAUGUUUAUGAUAGGAAAAUGUAAUGGGACAUUCUUUCCUAAACUUGAAAUUAAGUAAUAGUCUUGCCCUUGCUGUAUUCACACACACACAAAAAAUUGCUCAAUUUCUUCAGCAACAGGUGUUAAAGCACUAGGUGCAACAAAGCCAUUUCUGGCCUUGUAAUUUUACUGUAUCUCAAAAAAAGAAAAAAAAAGAAAACUGGAAUCUAUUCCAGAUAGCAAGAUAAUCAAGAUAUGUCAAUGAAAAGACUAUUCCCUGGCUUGGUAUUUUGUUCAAAGAUAAGUAACUCUUGUACGCAGAAAAGAAUUGCUGACCAAAGUGUGUGUGCAUCAUACAUUGUGCUACCUCAUGUAUAUUUCUUGUCAUCUGGGAUAAUUUAUAAUUGUAGUGUAGUGGGUACUAAAUGUCCUUAUUACUAACAAUCCCUUACCAUUCAGAUUCAGCAGUGGGAAUAUAAAUUGAUGAAUACAGGCCAAUUUAACAGAAAAAUAUAACAUAGAACUUUGAAUUAAAAUCAUGAAUUUUUCAAGAGGCCUGAAAGAACUGUUAGAGGAGUUGAAAUAAUAAGAUUAAAUGUUUCAGAUGUAGAAUUAGAAAGUAAAAAAUGUAACAAUUAAUUGUUUUUCUAAUAUUCGAAGGAUGAAGAGUUUUAUGAUGUGUACUGAGUUUCUUUUGGCAUUUGUACUUAAGUGUAAUUUAGUUGUGUUAAAAAAUCUAAUAAGUAGGUGAAAUGGUGCAAACCCAAGGGCCAUGAUAAAAUAUAAUUGAAAACCUUAUCUUUUUAUCAAGAAUUAGAUGUAUUUUACAAAUUAUCUUGCUCAGUUUUAUAGUUUAUUUGUAGUGUUCGUAAAAUAGUAAAUCUGCUAAGAUUUUAAUUUUUUAAAAUAAAACUGUAUAACACUCAAUUUUGUUCAUGUUGUAAAAUUCAUCGCUCUUUGUGAUCAAUUCAUGAUGCAGCUAUCAAACAUUUAUUUCAAUCAUAUCAACAAUAAGAUUUUGUGAUGUAUUCUUUUUCUCUUUGUGUCUAUAUUUUUAUUGGUGCCUAUUGUGUUAUGUAAAAUGCAUAUUCUGAUAAUUUUAUAAACAUGCGUUAAUAUGAUGAAAUAUUUCAAGAAUCUCAUAAGAAACUGCAAUACCUACGCAGAUAAAUUUCAUGUUUGUAACUAUGGUGAUCUAGAAUUAUAUUUGUAACAACAGUGAUCAAAAAUUAUGCAGCCAUAAUUACUAACAUUGUCAUUAUAUAUAGGCAAUUAAGCUUAUGUAAGUUUGCAUAAGGGUUUUCUUUGCCAGACAGCUAAGCUGCAAAUCAGAUAGAAAAUUAUUGCAUUAUCAUAAUACUUCUUUAUUUUUGCAAUGCUUUUGAUAAAUAUUUGUAUGCAUUAGUGCAUUUUACUUUAAUUUUGUAGUUUUUCAUACAAUUGUAUGUAGUUCUAGAUGUCUGAUUUAGCUGGACUUAUUUUACAGAAAUAGUACUGUAGUUUUGUAUUUAAAUGUAUUUUAUGUUUAGCAAUGAAUUUUGUAGAUCUCUUUUUCUUCAAUGAAAACCUUUCCCCCUUAUGCAGCUUUUUUUCCUUUUCUUUGCAAAUGCAAUAAUUAAAAAAAAUCAAAUAAUGAAUUUUGGCGGGAAAUUUAUGUACAGUAUAGUCCCAUUUUCAGCUAUCAGGUUAAAUCCAGGGAAAGUUUUAUAAAAAUUUAAUACAGUGUUAAAGGGACUGAUUCACGAUUUUCCCCAAAAUUUUGUUUUUCACUUGUAAUGAUCAAAAUCUAUUGUCUAAUGUGUUAAAACAUUUCACAUAAAAAUUAAGGUUAUAUACAUUACCACAGAAGCUCAGUUUUGAGAGUUUAUUAUUUGUUUUGUAAACAAAGAUUGCAGUAUGUUAUUGUUUACGAAAUUUUCAAAAGAAAUGGAUAUCGAUCUAAGUUUAUUAUAUCUUUCACAUUUCAAGCAUUCUGUGGGUAAAAUGUGUCAUCUAAAAGUUAAAAUUUGUGACUAUGCAAAAUUAAGAUGCUUUAUAUUACAAAAUUAACGUAUCACUGGUUUGUUUGUAUACAUGAAAAGACUCGAGUCUUUGUUUACAUAACACAGAUUUAAGGCUAAAAUACUGCUUUUAUUCUUGCAUUCAGAAGGUCAAAAUUUUGGCUGUCAACAUUAAGGAGGUAUGCUACACCAGAGAAAUUUGAUGUAGAUGAAAAGUGUAGGAUAUGUACAAAAAUAUUUUGAAUAUGAAAAUUUUCAAAUUUACUUUAUUUUGUCAAAAAAUACAGUUUUAGUAGAAGGUAAUCUGAAAAAAAUUUAAAACCCCUGCUGGACUCGAACCUGCGACGUACAGUUCAGCAGUCGGUAUUCUAACCUACUGAGCUACUCGGCUAGGUAUUUAAAUGGAAAAGGAAAAGUCAAAUAUUGCUGAUAUCGAUUUUGUCAUCCAUGUUUUUAAAGGAAGUCAGCCAUUAUGACGAUGUAGAGUACGUACUACCUUAAAUCAGUAAUAUCUUUAAUGUUUUAACAUCAAAAAUGAAAAAUGUUUUUUUUUCAAAAAUCGGGAACCAGUCCCUUUAACAAAGAUAUUGCAUCUGUUCACCAUGUGAAAAGAUUUGUUGUUGUUAAAGUUGUACAUUUUUCCAUUCAUCAGGAUAUUGUUAUGUUUUUUUCAUUGUUUAGAACUGAGGGCAUGUGUUUGUAACAGAGGCUGAUAGUGGGUAUGUUACUUGGUAAUUCUUUGUUGAGACUGGUGUAUAUCUAACAUAGUUAUCUAACUUUUGAUUUUAUUUUUGUGGAGACUUUCCAUUAGCAUAAUAUAGACCACCAUAUGUAUUGGAGAUGUACAAUGUGUGUGUUUAUUUAUUAAAGAAUCAUAUCAAAG